CAUGACAAAACCGUUCCGACUGUUUAUUGUAUUGAAAUUUCACAUGUGUUUAGUGCAAUAGAAAAUCAUCGGGAUUGUUUAUCAAAAUUGUAUGAUCAUUGUCGGAACAAUUAGAGAACACCGGAAUAAAAGAGAAGCGUUUUUAUGUCCAGUCAAGAAGAAGAUGUCCAGGACCCAAAGGAUGAGGUUUUUUACGGUUUUCGGUGCUGUCAUUAUCAUAAUGCUCAUGUAUAAAUUUUCCUUGGCGAAAGAGAUCCUCUCUAGGACACAGGAAUAUUCCGUUACAGGGUUACCGAUGCGUCAUCAAAUCAAGCAAAAUACAAAAUCAACAGCAGCACGAUCAAUAAUCAUGGCAGUAGUUAGUAUUCCUCCACCUCAACUCCUCUCAUCUGUAAAUCUCCUUCCACAGAUAGGAGCAUUUAUUUGGAGGGGAAUAAAAGUUUUCAAUCCCUUUUGGCUGUUUCCAACCAACUGACAGAGUCGUCGGGGAUCGAAGAUAUCAAGACAAUUUUGCGGAACCAAUUAAUUGAAAUGAAGAAGUUCAGUAGCAGCAUACAAACAUUAAGUGGUCCCUCCGCGUUGCCUGUACUUCGAGAGCUGGCAAUGAAACUGUAUGAACCAGGCCACCUAAACGAAGAGAUUGAUAUACAGAAGAUAUGUAUGCACAGGGGGUUAUCCCUACGGCUGCUCAUUCUGAUCACCUCAGCACAGUCAAAUUUUAAAGAAAGAAUGUCCAUAAGGCGGACCUGGAUGAACUAUGGAAGCAGGCAAAUUGUCGGCAUGGCUUUUAUCCUUGGCCGUACCACGAAUGCAUCUCUGAACGAGUCUCUCAACAAGGAGAACAAUAUUUAUGGCGAUAUGAUACGAGGCCACUUCAUAGACUCGUACUUCAAUCUCACUCUGAAGACGAUCUCGAUGCUUGAAUGGGCAGAUACACACUGCCCCAAUGUGAAAUUCAUCCUUAAGACAGAUGAUGACAUGUUCAUCAAUGUUCCUAAACUGCUCGAUUUCAUAGACGCUCGGUACAAGAACGAUCGAACUAUCUACGGGCGAUUGGUCGAGGACUGGAAACCCAUCCGAAAUAGAACGUCGAAGUAUUUUGUUCCAUAUAAAUUGUAUAACGGCUGGCAGUAUCCUCCGUUUACCACCGGACCCGCGUACCUCCUCACUGGCGACAUUGUCCAUGAGCUAUACGUGCAAUCACUCAACACUUACUAUAUUCAACUAGAAGAUGUCUUCAUCACGGGCUUCGUGGCCAAAAGGUUAAAGAUUAGGAGGGAGCACGCCAACGAAUUUCUCAACAGCCGAAUCUCGCUCCGUCCGUGCAAAAUUCGCAACGCGAUCAGCGUGCACAAGAUCAAGCCAAGGGAACAAUAUCAUCUUUGGAGGGACCUGUUGGAUUCGACUAUUAAGUGUAAAUAGUUUUUUUUUUUAAUUACCUAAGGACUAAAUCUAUGUAAAUGAUAAGCAUUUUUCUAAAGGCCGAUAUAAAAUUAAAACUACAUUGUGUGUGAAGUGUA